UCACUUGAACUUUCACUAAUUAUGACCUUUUAAUGACAUUCCAGGCCAAAUUGCAUUUUUUAUGCUGACUUAGCACAAAUAAUGCUGACUCAGCAGUAAAGUAAACCAUAAUCCUGAUCCUAGCUAGCUAGCCAGCUAUGGCUGAACGUGACAGUGCCAAGAGAAAGCUAUUUCAACAGUUUUCAACUCCUACUGCCAGUGUUGAUGUAACACGGAAGGCAGCCAAGGCCAAGCAGCAUGAGAAGCGACCCCAGAGUCGAAUUCCCCUCAGGAGCAACACUAGAUCUAACCAGCUAGUCAUGGUUGAACACAGAGCCAAGAGAAAGCUAUUUCAACAGUUUUCAACUCCUACUGCCAGUGUUGAUGUAAUAUGUACAGUAACAGCCAAGGCCAAGCAGCAUGAGAAGCGACCCCAGAGUCGAAUUCCCCUCAGGAGCAACACUAGAUCUAACCAGCUGGUCAUGGUUGAACACAGAGCUAGAGCUAUUGAUGAAACAAAGCAAUGUCGACAGUUGUCCACUCCUACUGCCAGUGUUUAUGUAAUAUGUACACCCGUACCCAGGGCGGCCAAGGCCAAGCAGCAUGAGAAGCGACCCCAGAGUCGAAUUCCGAGCAGCACUAACCAGCUAGCCAUGGCUGAACAUGUCGACAGAGCUAGAGCUAGUGGUGAAAGAAAGCGAUGUCGACAGUUGUCCACUCCUACUGGAAUAACACCCAAGCAGCAGGAGAAGCGACCCCGCAGUCGAAGACUUCCCCUCACAGUGAAAAACAGCACAAGCUCAGUUGCUCAACAAUCCGGUGCCUCGUGUACACCCUCUCCGACUACUGCAUCGAAAUGGAAAUUAAAGGAAGAUAUAGCAAUUGUAAAGUUUAUUCUAUUAUCAACACCUAGCAAUAGUUGGCCUGCAAUGUCUGAGAAUUUCUGGAAGUUAGCUGCUCUGUUUGUACACCAAAGAAGCCAAGAACCAUUGCGAAGCAGUUUGGCGUGUAGCUCUCGAGUGAGGAAGGUUCUCAGCAAACACUACACAGCACCGAGGGAAGCAGAAAUAGCACUCACGGCUACACGUUCUAAACACCCUAGUACAACACCCCUCAUGACACUCCCUGCAAGAGUAUCUUCAGAGCCACAAGCUCUGAGUGUCUCUUAUGUUGAUACUGGAGAAUGCCAGGUUAAUCUCGUAAUGGUUGACAAGUUUCAGAACUUCAAACGGCAGGUUCUAAACCUUCCACCUGCAGACCAGCUGAAAUUAAUCAGUGAGCUGUUUUGUGAACUCGCUACCAGCUUCUAUAAAGUUGCCGUGGAUGGUAACUUUCUUGAGUUGACACUGCUUGCAAUGAAGCACUUGGACUCUAACGGCAAAGUGAACGUAUUGUAUCAUCUUGCCAAAGGAUUAGGUACACUCCGACCUAACUCUAACGAGUCACGCUUUCCAGUAUCAAGGAUGCCUUUUGGGUUACUUCAGUACAUGACGACUUUUUUUACUUCUACAAAUGCAACUCAUGCUGUGUGUUCAGAAGGUUACGAGAAGUGGCUUGUUAGCAUGUACUCUCUAUUUGGGACUAAGUUCUCAAAAAUGCUAUGUGGUCCAAUGUGGAGUCAGGUCUCAACAACUCAAACUGGACAAGAAAACGUAGUUUUUUUGGAUCCCAUACAGGCUCGAGUGAAUGUACCUGCCCUAGGUGAGCGCACAAUGAGAAGGCACAUUGUGAAUACCCAGUUCUCUAAUUCUUGGAACAUUCAGAUGGCUACACUAGACCAUGCUGUAGAGGUGCAUCCUGAGGCUAAAUGGUGGAUCAAGGCUGACGGUUGUGAUAUCGUGAGUGGUUUGGAGGAGUCUGUACGGCUUGAAUGGAACGGAGAUGCAGAUUAUGCUACUGAAGCUGUCCAGGAACUCUACCACAUGUAUCGUACACGUCGUUCUGCAAUUGAUAUGCUUUGCACAAACCAGUCCAUAGUUGAUAGACGUCCAGCUCUAGUUACCGUUGUCCAUGAAGAGUAUGGCAAACUCGAAGGAGAUGUUAACUUCGUUGUUGAAGCUUUAAAGAAGUGCAAUGAUGCAUAUUCAGCCAAAGUUCGAAGUGGCGUCUCACAUGAGAAAACUCUCUUAAACCUUGCAUGGAAUGUAGAUGAUCUACAAAAGCUGUCUGCUGGUGGUCGAGUGUUACGCACUGACUUGGCAACACUAAAAGAUGUGCUAGAGGAUGCUGACGCCGAUAUCAUCGCUCUUAAUGUCGCAAAGAAGUUAACACUUGUACACAAGAAAUUGUUGGAGUUUGUCAAAGGGUUGUACAAGCACAAGAGGACAGCAGCUACACAUAUUCUCGUCAUUUUGCUAAGCACGGAGUCACGGUCAAAGAAGCCUUAUGCCCUGCCGAUUCAAUGUAUUUCUUACGUUGGGAUAAGUGUUGCACAAAUGAGGUCAAUUCUCAACAAAAUUGUGAUAGCAAUGAAAGACAGAAACAUGGAUGUCAGUGGUUUCCUUUCUAAUGGAGAGUAUAACACUAUGAGGGUAAAAGGAUAUACUCGUCCCCUUUCAGUGCUUGAAAUCAAAUCACAAGCAAAAAAGAAGUUUGACAAAAUGUCUGUAACCGCUAUGAUGAACAUGUUGACUCCUACAGAAAUGCCAGAUGGUAGUAUUCAAGCUGUGAAAGGAAACCCAGCUGUUCCUAUGAGAGUCCUGUCUGAAAUCUGGGGAUGGAAAAAUGCUGGCAUCGAUACAGAUGAUUGGAUAGGGAGGCUCAGACUGCGUACAGUACCAUCAGGAUAUACUCCAUGCCCAUGGUCAGAUCAGAGGGCAGAAGACAAAGGUGACAAGCUAAGAGCCAUUCUUUCUCAGAUGGAGUACAAGUAUCAAGUGUGCCAUUGGGUUGAAAAGGGUGUGCCAUUCUCUACUCACAUGUAUGUUCCUGAAAUUCAUCCCAUUACCGGCAAAGAAUUCCACGAGAGAGAAGAUUUUGCACACAUUAUGAAGAGAGUGUGCCAGUGCACAAGGAAAGGAGGCCCACAACCAAUCAGGGUUGAAAGAUUUCAUGAGGCAUUAUAUGAUGACGAGUCUGGACUAACGUACCCAGCAUUGACAGGCCAGAGAAAACAGUCAGUCCAAGAUGCAGAAAAUCUUUUCUCUGAGGGUGUUGAACUGUUCAUGAGAAAAAAUAAAUAUGAGUAUGAAGAGAAGUACGUUAGAGUCAUCAGGAAUUGGAGGCGCUCUUGUGACGAGCGAGGUCUGUCAUCUCUCCAGAGGUCAAAGUACAACUAUGACCUCCUGAAUCUCAUUUUAGAUGAGCUGAUGCCUUGGCAUACAGCCCAGUACGACUUCAGUUUGAUGGAAGUUACAAGGAAAGUAACUGUCCUAGGAUUCACCAGGGAGAUUGUGUAUGCCCUCACCACAGGAAUCGAAAGUGUUGAAUGGAAAAGACGAGAGUACGCCCAAACUGGAAGGCCAAUGGAGAAUCCCCGCUCAAGCACUACUGAUGAUGUUGAGUGCAUGUUCUCAAUCAUGAGGGAUUUGACAGGAAAGCACUUUACCUUACGGCAAGCGAGGUACACCUGGAGGAAGGUGUGCAUCGAGUUUGACAAGAGGUCAGACCCAACUCUGGGGUUUUAUUACUUUUCUUCAUCACAUGACCGCUUUUAUGAAGGAAGCAGACCGCACUUUGAUGAGAAACCUUCAAAGAAGAGGAAGAAACGUGUUCGAAGAAAAGAACAACCAGCUCACCUUAUGUAUGGAAGAGCAACACUCCCUGAAUCUGGUGCUCGUUCAACUAGGAUGACCUUCCAUAAUUUACCCAUUCCAAUGCCACCACCACUGGAAAGCACUCAACAUCACCUAUUUGAACACUCAUACGCUCAAUAAACUUCACUCCAACAUUAUAUACUUCUUAUUGUGUUCAAUUAAGCAAUAAUUUAUAUGAAAAUCAAAUUAUACAACACAACAAGGGAUUAAAAAGA